AAAGACUGAAGAAACGAAACAAUUUAACAAAAUAUUCUAAGAGAGAACAAAUUGGUUGUUUAAAUUAUUCUUUAAAAUGGCUGACAUUAGAGAUCAUUUAAUAGUAGGCACAAUUGUACAUUCUUUGUCAAUUGAUGAUUUAAAUAUAAUAAAUAAAGGAUACUUAGCAGUUAAAGAUGGCAAGAUUGUUGCAAUCGGAGAUGCUUCAUCCGUCCAAGAUGUUUCAGAGUAUAUUUCAAAGCACGGAUUAAACUGUGAGAUUACCCAAUUAUCUGAAACUCAAUUUAUUAUGCCUGGAUUUAUAGAUUGCCAUAUACAUGCUCCACAAAUGCCUAAUAUUGGUUUAGGACUCGGUCUGCCUUUACUCGAUUGGUUGGAUACAUUUACUUUUCCAUUAGAGACUGAAUAUAAAAACGUUGAUUUUGCCAGCAAAGUUUAUGACAAAGUUGUGAGUAGAACACUAGAAUGUGGAACUACGACAGCUUCUUAUUUUGCUACUAUACAUAAGGAAAGCACUUUGGCAUUAGCUAGGGCUUGUGAUAUUCAAGGGCAACGAGCGCUUAUUGGCAAAGUCAAUAUGAAUGCUUUAAUUCCUAGCUAUUAUCGUGAAGAUACAUAUGACUCUAUUCAAGACACCAAAGACAUUAUAAAUGCUAUUUCUCGCAUGAACAGUAAACUUAUUAAACCAAUAAUUACACCAAGAUUUGUUCUAAGUUGUGAUAUGCACUUGAUGACCGAACUAGCUAAAAUUGCCAAAGAGAAUAACUUACAUAUACAGUCACAUAUUUCUGAAAAUAAAGCUGAAGUGAAAGUGGUUGCAAAAACAUAUUCAAGUAAUAAAAAUUAUGCGAGUGUUUAUGAUGAAGCACAGUUGCUUACAAAUAAGACAAUUAUGGCACAUGGAGUAUAUUUAACUGAUGAUGAAUUAAUAUUAUUAAAGCAACGUGGCACUUCUAUUGCUCAUUGUCCUUCUUCAAAUACAAAUCUUGCUUCUGGUUUAUGUAAUGUCAGGCGUUUAUUAAAAGCUGGACUGACAGUUGGCUUAGGAACUGAUAUUUCUGGUGGUAAUACCUGUCUUAUUCUGGAUGUGAUGCGAAGAGCUUUAGAUGUAUCCCAACAUUUGAGCUUUUUGAAAUCGGAUAAUGUUGUAUGUCCAAGUGAAAUGGUGAUUGAAGAACAAACAUCAUUAACACAUGCUAAUGUAAUAUAUCUGGCAACUUUAGGUGGUGCAGAAGCCUUAUCUCUGGAUAGUCAAAUUGGAAACUUUAAAUUUGGCAAAGAUUUUGAUGCCUUAAUAGUUGAUAUUAAUGUGCCUGGAUCUCCAAUAGUCAAUUUUGAAAUGACAGACGCAUUAACUACCAAACUUGCUUCAGAUGAUGAUGCUAAAAUUUCAAAUUAUUUGCAGAAAUUUAUUUUAGUCGGCGAUGAAAGAAAUAUUAUCAAGGUAUUUGUAGAUGGUAAGCAAGUAAAAUAACUUUUAGUUCUUGGACAAGCAUUAUGUGCCUUAUAAUUUAAAUUUUAUCUAAUGGUAAAUGCCAAUAGUGUCCUUGUAUGAUAGUUAAUUAGGUAAUAAGCGAAAUGUGAUACGGAAUACGUAAAUCAAUUCUAAUUCU